GGUGUCGGAAUUUGUCUACUUGUCCUGCUUCUGCAACCUGUGAAAACGUUCCCGGAGGCUACCACUGCACCUGCAAUCGCGGGUUUGCAUCUAGUUCUGGGGAGCAAAACUUCACUGAUCCAACAGUGAAAUGUGUCGAAAAUCUCUUCCGCUGCCAGCCCAGGAUUCUGCAAGGAGAUGAUUUCAAAAGCCAGUGCGGCAACAUGAUGCAGCACGGAAACCAGAAAAGCAAUAGAUUUUGCACCAUCCUGAAUCAGACCUCAAAGACCCUGGAAUCUGCAUGUGGCAAUGGAAACCAGUCAGUACCGCCGAAGGAAGUCUUCACUUCUCUCGAUUCGCUUUUCCAUGCCACUGCCCAGCAGUCUACUGGGAGCAAGGAGGAGGUCGCGUGGGCAGCCACUGCCUUUGUGCAGCGUGCAGAACUGGCCGCCUUGGAAGCUGCUUGGAACGGUUCCGAGAACGAGCCGCAGACUAUCACAGCCGAGACGAUGACCAUCGCAGCCCUGCGGGUUACGGAUAACUGCAGUCGGGCAGGGAAGAUGAUCGAACUGAACGCUGAAAACGAGUUGAUGAGCAUUGACUGCACGACAGUGGUUGGCGCCAGCGAAGCAGGCUCCGGAGUCGUUGCCUUCAUCUCGUAUGCCACUCUCGAGUCCAUCCUGAACAAUAACUUUAUCGACCAGCAAAACCUGACAGGGGAAGACAACCUGGUUAACAUUACGCUGAAUUCCAAGGUAGUGAGUGGGACCAUUGGGAAACCCGGACCUCUCCCCAAACCUUUCUACUUCACCCUGGAGCAUAAACAGAGAAAGGAAAUGGAAGACAAGAUUAUCUGUGUUUUCUGGAAGCUCACUGGCACCUGGUCUACUGAGGGCUGCACUCUUCUCCGUGCGAACAGCACUCACACCACCUGCACCUGUACUCACCUGUCCAGCUUUGCCAUCCUGAUGGCUUCACAUGCUAUCAAGGAGAGUUACCCACUGACCAUCAUCACCUACGUGGGACUGACCCUCUCCCUGCUAUGCCUCUUCCUCGCCAUCCUCACCUUCCUCCUGUGCCGCUCCAUCCGCAACGUCAGCACCUCCCUCCACCUGCAGCUCUGCCUCUGCCUCUUCCUGGCCGACCUGCUCUUCCUCACCGCAAUGAACAGCGUCACCAAUAAGGUGGCGUGUGCUGUCAUUGCUGGCCUCCUACACUACCUCUUCUUGGCCUGUUUCACCUGGAUGUUCCUGGAGGGGCUGCACCUCUUCCUCACCGUCAGGAACCUGAAGGUCGUGAAUUACACCAGCGCCAGCCGGUUCAAGAGGAGAUUCAUGUACCCGUUCGGCUACGGCUUCCCAGCCCUGGUGGUGGCUAUUUCUGCAGCGGUGAAUCACAAAGGCUACGGAACUUCCAAACACUGCUGGCUCACAAUAGAGGGAGGCUUUGUCUGGAGUUUCCUUGGACCGGUCUGCCUUAUUAUUGUGAUGAAUUUAGCAUUUUUUAUCACAACCCUCUGGCUCCUGAGAGACAAAAUCUCCUCCCUGAAUACAGAUGUCUCCACCCUCAAAAACACAAGGUUACUGACCUUUAAAGCCAUCGCCCAGCUCUUCAUUCUGGGCUGCACUUGGAGUCUUGGUCUCCUCCAAGUCGGCCCAGCAGGAACGGUUCUUGCAUAUUUAUUCACCAUCGUCAACAGCCUGCAGGGAGCCUUCAUCUUCCUGGUGCACUGUCUCCUCAAUCAGCAGGUGAGAGAGGAGUACAAGAGAUGGAUCAGAAGGAUUGAAAAAACCAGAACCAAGUCUCAGACUUCCGGGCUAUCUAUGUCAGCUGUCCCCACGACCACCAGAACUGAAUGGGAAAAGUCCUCCUGA